UGCAUUACAUUCAGUACGCUGCUGCCUCUCAGCGUACAUACAAGGUACAGAGCAGCGUCCAGUGGACCAGCCUCUUUAUACAAUUUAUGUCUUUUCUUUCAUACAAAUGCGUGUUUGCUGAUAGCCCGCUCUGUCAAAGUAAUACGUGCAUCAGAUUUUCGCUGGGACCACAAAGAGAAGCCCGAGAGAAACCGAGGACGUGUGAGACUUCUCAGUUGUAACAACCAAUCCCUUUAGUCUGCUUGUUAGCUAUUUGCUAAGAGAGUGAAUUUCUACGGUCCACGGAAACAUGAGCUUUCUUUUUGGAAACCGUUCAGCCAGGACGUUCAAGCCCAAGAAGAACAUCCCGGAGGGUUCUCAUCAGUACGAGCUGUUGAAACAUGCAGAGGCUACACUGGGAAGUGGAAACCUGCGCAUGGCAGUCAUGUUGCCCGAGGGUGAAGACUUAAAUGAGUGGGUCGCAGUCAACACUGUGGAUUUCUUCAACCAGAUCAACAUGCUAUACGGCACCAUCACAGAUUUUUGCACAGAGGACAGCUGUCCAGUCAUGUCUGCUGGUCCUAAGUAUGAGUACCAUUGGGCAGAUGGAACCAACAUCAAGAAGCCCAUCAAAUGUUCUGCCCCCAAGUAUAUUGAUUACCUCAUGACCUGGGUGCAGGACCAGCUCGAUGAUGAGACACUGUUCCCCUCAAAGAUCGGUGUCCCCUUUAAGCGAAACUUUAUGUCAGUGGCAAAGACCAUUCUGAAGCGCCUGUUCAGGGUCUACGCUCACAUCUACCACCAGCACUUUGACUCUGUCAUGCAGCUGCAAGAGGAGGCCCACCUCAACACGUCGUUCAAACACUUCAUCUUUUUUGUUCAGGAGUUCAACCUCAUUGACAGGAAAGAGCUGGUCCCACUUCAGGAGCUGAUCGAAAAACUGACAACCAAGGAUAGAUAAGCGGCAAUGUAAUCCUUAUUUUAUCGGUCUUCUAGUUUUUGCACAGAUACCCACCCCACCCUGGCUGUAUGUAUGCAGUAUAUACUAUAUUUCCAUUUGGGGAAAUGUUUUUAAUAAGGCCAGGAAGAAGGAAGGGUCUUGAUAGGUUUAAGGCACCAGGACUAAUGCUAUCAGGGAUUACACACUAUAAUUGAACAAACCACAGAUUAACAUAUUGGAGAAAAUGGUUUUAGCUGAAUGGAAAGAUCCCCCAGUAUUCAAGUCAUGGCUUACAUUUACGAUAAUAUAGACAUUAGUUUUCUAUUAUACUGCACAGGUUUUUUUUUUUUCCUCUUACGGCAACACGAGGCUCUUAGAUUCCCAUUUCUGACUCACCUGCAGGGAAGAAUAGGUUGCUGUAUCAUUAUAGGAGGGCUUUGUUGGUGUUGUGGCAAGUCUUUAAGCCAGCCUUUAAGCCAGUUUCACUGCUGCAGCUUGUUAUUUUAUUCAUUAAUCUGCAUAGAAGGGUUGCGGUUUGCUACUUUUUACAUCUGUGAGAGCCCAAAUCUGUCAAUACAAGAGAACCCUAAGUGCCUAGCAUGGCUCAUAAUCGCCCUAUAUCAACAGUGAGAGAGCUGUAAGAAGAUAAAGGCCAUAUAUACCACUGACCAGAUUGACACAUUCAAUUUCCCACGCCACCUCUUUUUAAGUUUAUGUGCUUCUUAAUACACCCCUUUUCUGUACUCGGUUACAACAUUAUUUUCACGGUUAAACCAUGCUCCGCACCAACCGAUUCAGUUAGAAAAAGUCUCUUUACCAAGUGUUCUGUGCAGGUUAUGAUAAAUGAAUGUGUUGAGGGACUUAGAAGUGAGGCUAGAAUAUUGUCAUGUGGUAGCAGGGACUUAAAAUGAAUAAACAUUUAGCAUUUUUAGUGACAUGUUCCUGUGUACUAGUUUUUUCCCCCCUCUAAACUUGAGGUAGCAACUUUAGGAAAAGUCUUCAAGGGAUCUUAAAUUGUACAUAAAUGCCCUUAAAUAGAAGUAGAGACCUGUGUUUAAAUUAAAGCCACGACCUCCACUGUUCAAAAACGACAAGAAUUGGAUCAUGCCGCAUCCCUUGUUAUCUCACUAGCCAUAAAGCACUUUGAACAAUUUUUUCCUGACCUCUUUUGCCUGAAUGUUUAUUCUGCAUAGACCGUGCUUUGUGAGAAGCUGUAUCAUGUGACUGAUGAUAGUUUAUUUCCUCCCUCGUUAUUUCCCCAAACGAAUGUUGAAUCGCUUAACCCUCCUGUGAAAUUGGCUCUGAGGCACAAGUGAGAUUUCUAAUGCUUUUUUUAUAUGGUCUGUUUGUUGCUGUGCUUCAAACAGCAGAUGCAUGCACCCCCCCCCCCCCUCCCCAAUCUCAAAGUGUAGUUUACUAUGCAAUAAUUGACACAACACUAAAAACCGGUUGGCUCAUUCAUACUUUAUCUUAAUAUUAAUUUUCCUCUCUAGUACUUAAAUUCUGGCGUGUGAUAGAGUUCUCUUUGGUUUUAGAAACAUCAAGAUGAACAUUUUCUAUAUCUUUAUAUAAUUUGUCAGAGAGGUGUAAUACUUCAAUGCACACAUGUAAAUACUGAGGGUUAGACCUGUCUUAAAGAUCAUUUCCAGCGAGCAUGGAGUGGUAGCUUUUGGUUUCAAGAAUGCAUCGAGUCUUUUUAGAGGCUGCUUCCCCUAUUUGCCCCUAUUUGGAUAUUAAAAUCUUGUUUGUUUUUAACUGUUGAGUAUCUUUUCUUUCUCCACUUCCUUAGCUAACUAUUAUGAAUGUUACUGCUCACCAGAUAUCUAAAAAUGUAAUAGAAAAUCAGUCAUCCUGAAAGCAUCUCAUCCUUGAAAUGAAAUGCCCGUAACAUAGCCUAUUGCCUACAGCUUUUCCUCCGUGACUGUAAUAAUUGAUGAAAUGUUUGUAAAUAAUGGCUUGGUAGGGGUUUUCAAUGCUACUGAAUUGAUUUAUGCUGUUUACAAGGCAAAUAAAGGUGGUCUUGACUCUUUGAA